AGGCCGUGCCGGUGUUUUUCCACUCAGCAGGAUGGGUGAUGCUCAAAGCUCCCUCAUUAGACAACAGACACGAGAGGUCAGGAAGAAAGCGCUUAUAAAUUACCGUUUCCUCCCGCUCGGCGCUGCUAGUCGCGCCGCACCGCUCCGCCGGACGCGCGGCACGGGCGCAGGGCGCGCAGGCACCGCGGGCAGCGGACGCAGGAAGAGAAAAACCAUUCAGAAGAGACUCUUCUUCAUUGCCUCAUCCUAUGGAGGAAUCACCACUGCCCAUCUACAUUGAGGAGGGGACAGAAGUCCCGACUGAAAGCAGAAAUAUGGCAACAAAGGAAAAGCUGCAGUGCUUGAAAGACUUCCACAAGGACAUCCUCAAACCUUCCCCCGGCAAGAGCCCGGGGACUCGGCCUGAGGACGAGGCAGAAGGAAAGCCGCCCCAGCGGGAGAAGUGGGCGAGUAAGAUUGACUUUCUGCUCUCCGUGGCUGGUGGAUUUAUUGGGUUAGGCAAUGUCUGGCGGUUCCCGUAUCUCUGCUACAAAAAUGGCGGAGGUGCAUUUCUUAUACCUUAUUUCAUUUUCCUGUUUGGGGGAGGUCUUCCCGUGUUUUUCCUGGAGGUGGUGCUAGGACAGUAUACCUCCGAAGGUGGAAUCACAUGCUGGGAAAAGAUCUGCCCUAUUUUCACUGGAAUUGGUUAUGCUUCCAUAGUGAUUGUGUCCCUUCUGAAUGUGUACUACAUCGUCAUCCUGGCUUGGGGACUCUACUACCUGUUCCAGUCGUUCCAGAGCGUCCUGCCGUGGGCACACUGUCACCAGAAGUGGAACACGCCAACUUGUGUGGAAGACACUCUCAGGAAAAAUAAAACACUCUGGAUAUCACUGAAUGCCACUAACUUCACUUCUCCUGUCACAGAGUUUUGGGAGCGCAAUGUACUGAGCUUGUCCUCAGGAAUUGAAGAUAUUGGUAUUAUCAAGUGGGAUCUAGCAUUGUGUCUCCUCCUUGUCUGGGUGAUAUGUUUCUUCUGCAUUUGGAAAGGAGUCAAAUCGACUGGGAAAGUAGUGUACAUCACUGCCACAUUCCCAUUCAUCAUGCUCCUUGUUCUGCUAAUCCGCGGAGUGACCCUGCCUGGAGCUGCAGAAGGCAUCAAGUUUUAUCUUUAUCCUGAUAUCUCACGGUUAGCUGAUCCACAGGUCUGGAUAGAUGCAGGGACACAAAUCUUCUUCUCAUAUGCAAUCUGCUUAGGAGCAAUGACUUCCCUGGGGAGCUACAACAAGUACAAAUACAACUGCUAUAGGGACUGUUUGCUGCUGGGAUGCCUGAACAGUGGUACCAGUUUUGUGUCUGGCUUCGCAAUUUUUUCCGUCCUGGGCUUCAUGGCACAAGAGCAAGGGGUGAACAUUGCUGAUGUGGCAGAGUCAGGUCCAGGCCUGGCCUUCAUUGCCUACCCAAAAGCCGUGUCCAUGAUGCCGCUGCCCACCUUUUGGGCAAUCCUUUUUUUUAUUAUGCUUCUGUUGCUUGGACUGGAUAGCCAGUUUGUUGAAGUUGAAGGACAGAUCACGUCAUUAGUUGAUCUGCACCCAUCCUUCCUAAGGAAGGGUUACCGACGGGAAAUCUUCAUCGCUAUAGUGUGUUUCCUUAGCUAUCUUCUGGGACUAACUAUGGUGACUGAGGGUGGCAUGUAUGUUUUUCAACUCUUUGACUACUAUGCAGCUAGUGGUGUAUGCCUUUUGUGGGUUGCAUUCUUUGAAUGUAUUGCUGUAGCCUGGGUUUAUGGCGCUGAUAAUAUUUAUGAUGCCAUUGAGGAUAUGAUUGGAUACAGACCUGGUCCUUGGAUGAAGUGGAGCUGGAUCGUGAUCACACCAGUUCUCUGUGUGGGGUGCUUUAUCUUUUCUUUGGCCAAGUACAAACCACUGACCUACAACAAGGUCUACACAUACCCAGACUGGGCAAUCGGCCUGGGCUGGGUUCUUGCCCUUUCCUCCAUGAUCUGCAUCCCUAUGGUGAUGGUCAUCCGCAUCAUACAGUCAGAUGGGUCACUCAUUGAGAGGAUAAAAGCGGUGGCUGCCCCUAAGGAAGUGAAUCGGUGGUCCAAAGAAACGGAGAGCGGCACCCCCUUCUGCCCCAACGGGACGUCGAAUGGCGGAUUGAUCAAGCCAACUCAUAUCAUUGUGGAAACCAUGAUGUGAGCUCUCUCUGUGAGAGGAUAAACCUGCUUUAACUGCCGUUUACUAACCAUAGAUUCUCAUAGGACCAGGUUUACAGAGCUUUAUAUUUGCACUAGGAUUUAUUUUUAUUUCUCACAGAGAAAGUUAUUUUUUGUGUGUGGUUUUUUUUUAAUAUUUUGUAAGGUAAUCACAGCAGAUGUCUCUCUGUAGAGGGAGAGCUUUCAUAUCAGACUAGACAUAUUACAGGAAUUUACUAUUAUUGGUUUUUUUUAAAAAUAUAUAUAUCUUUAUCUCUAAAUAUUAUAAACCUUACCACUUGAAUUGAUUGUCUUGCCAGCAAUAUAUUCAAGUCUCAGAAAGCAAUUUUAGGUGCUGGUAUGGUUGGGAGCAGGGUAACCUACAGAACACACAGAAGGAGCUCUGUUGAGAGAUUGAGAAAAAAGACACUGUUUCAAGAGAAUUUUCAAAGGUGUAGUAUUUCCACUCUCUGGUUCAACUGUGGUAAACGACAGGCUUCAGGGUCCCAUCAGGAAAAAGGGUACCGUAAUAUUUUGCGUAGUCCCUAAAUAAAGAUACAGCUGGAGCAGCUGAGCAGAUUGAGGAGGCGGAGGAUUUGGGUGUGGAAAGGCUUGUAGCUGUCCCAUCUGAGCAUGGCAUUGGGACCCCAUCACCCACACGAUAGGAGUUUAGGAAGAGGUUUGCCAGAUUUGGCAUGGUUCACUCUCUUUUUUAUUUUUUACUUAGAUGAAAUGCCUGCUAUUUUUGCGUGAGUAAGGAGGUUGAGGAGCUGCUCCUUAAUUUCACAGCGCAGCGUACUUUAGCUGAGGUAUCGCUGUUGUAAACUUGAAUUCUGCAAAAUGAGACUAGCAGGCUGUCCCUGAAACAGCGGGGUCAAGUGCUGUUGAAAAGCAGCACCUGUGUUCUUGGUGCUUCAAACAUUUGCUUGGUCUUUGGGUUGCUUGUUAACUAUUGGACUUCGGUUUCAAGCGAAAAAAAAAAAAGAAGGAAAAAAAUCCCUUAUGGACUCUGACCGUCCAAAGGUGAACACGAACCACAUCAUCUCCAACAGUAAGAGCAAAACCACUCACCUACGCCCACAGUAAUUCAUAUUUAUAAUAGACACAUUGUUAAUAAUAGUAAUGAAGAUAAUAAUAUCACUCAGCAAACAGGUGCUUUUCAGCUGUGUAUCUCAAAAAUACUUUACCAAGUGUGGUAACCAGGAUUUGCUUUAUUUAUUUAUUUUGGGGGUUUGGUUGGGGAAACAGAUAAGGACUAAGGACCUUGUCCCAUGUUACUAAAAAGUAGCAGUGGACCUGGACACAGAUUGUCCAGUCUCCUCACUUGUCUUAGGUUAGACUGUAAUUAUUUUGGGUUUGGGGUGGGGAGUAACAUACUUAUGAGGCCUAUGAAUCUAACUGUGGAAGAAGUAGGGCUUAAAGGAUUUUAAGUUAAAGCAAAGGAAACAUGUGACAUAUUGAAAGAUUUUGUACUGGGUCACAAGGAAUAGCAUACCAUUCCAGGUUAGACUAAGGAAUAAAGAGGAAUCACUACGAGGACUGUAGACGUGGACGUGCAGCAGCUGAAGUGAGCAGAUAAUGAGGUAAUGCCAUGGAGAACUGCUCCCUGAAGACUGUCCAAAGGCUGGACAACCUCCCGCCCCUUUUAUUUGUUUUGCUUUUUGUUUUUGUUUUUUUUUAACUUGAGCAAGUUGUGCUGGGAACAGGCUCUCUGGAGAAACUCCGCCUUUUCUUGUGGGCACGGUAUUCAACGGAGAAUUGUUUUUCUUCUAAUGAUACCACAAUUAGGCCAGCCAAAGGUAUCUAGAGGAAAUGCUUGAUAAAAAUAGAGUUUGUAUCUGGUUAUGCUACUGUCAGUUUAGGCUGUCAGGGCAGGUUUUGUCAUUUAAACAGGAACAUAGCCAGUUCUUAACAUUCCUACAUGGUAGUUUUAUUUUUCUUUAAUGUCCCAUGGACUAACUGGCCACAGCAGCACAAAUACUUGUUGAUUAACUUGUUGGUAUUACUGUAAAAGAGAAGGGGUGAUAUAAAACUAAAAGAGAUGGACCAAAAACAAAGAAAAGAAAACCCCAAAAGUUAUACUUUUUUUUUCCAAUUUUUUUCUAAUUUGAAUUUAUUUAUGUUUUUGCAUCGGAUGGCUGAAUUGCAGAGACAAAUUAGCCACUGCAGUGUUGCUUUUGUUUUCUUCUCUGGUGACUGUAUUAUAAGAGUUAUAAAUUAAACUUUUCCACAGGUGGAGAUGGCAAAUACCACAUUUUACCUGCUGGGCCAGCGACAAUAGCCAUCCCAAAGCCUUGAGAAUCUCACUGGAGAAAUUUUGCUUUUUUUUUUUUUUUUUUAAUAAAUCUUUUACCAUCAAAGCCACAGAAGUGGAAUGAAAGAUAACUCUCGUAGUGGGCUUUGACUUGGACUCUUGUUCUGGGGUUACAAUUAGUGCCUGCGUAAACAGGCACACGUCCCUGGUUAAGAUGGGAGUAACAGCUUAGGCAUCUAAAUUAAUGGUUUGAGGAGUGCAGAUGAAACACUGAUGCUUGAUUUUUUUUGUUUGUUUGUUUUUGAUACAUUGUCAUAUAACUGCUUUUGAGAUUUGUUUGCACAUUAGUUUCAUGCUAUGUAGCUGAGACAAACUUUAGUUAGUUAGGAGGGGGGGAAAAUGGUUUGGCUUCAUGAAAAAUGUCUCUGGUGAGUCAGCUGGAUAUUGAGCCAUCUCCCACCUUGCGGAGAAUGUCUUUGCUUUAGGAACCAGAGGGUUAAUACUACACCUUUAAAAGUACAACUAAUAGAGAACCAGAACCCAGCCCCAGUUUGGUAUAAACUGUGCCAUUCAAAUCAGUUGCUUCCAUGUACCAAGUGAAAACGUCUUGCACAUAUGCAACAACCUCACUGAAGCGUUCGCUGCGUAACUUCUCUAGCCCCGCUGUGCUCUUUAGCAUGGCUGCAAGGCAGGGCUGGGAUCCAUGAAGAGCGAAUAGAACAUUGUUUUGGGAAAAUAGUGCCCCUCUCCCCUUUUCCUUCCCCUAAAAAAAAAAAAAAAAAAAAAAAGAGAGAUUCUUUUUGUUAUCACUGGGUUUUGAGUUCCAAUGAGCACAUUCACUUUUUUUACAGUUUUGGUUUUUCUAACACUUAUUUUUUGGAUUUCUGAAUUUUUUUCUUGGUUAUAAAUUUGCAUUUCAAUAUGGUCCACUGCCAAAUUCAUUAAAAAAUAUUUUUUAAAAAUGUCUGUAUUUUCUACCUAUUUAUGAUUGCAAAUACAACUAAUUUUUUUCCUAAUUUACUUGUUUAAACUAUUGUGACCUAUUUUACCUCUUUUAUGUAAAUGAGGAACUCUAUAUUAAAAAUAUCACAACUAGUCAUAGAUGAACUGCAUUGGAGCCAGGAAAAAUUAGUUUAGCUUUUGGCAUGAAAUCUUUAAACCAAAUCAUUGAGUUUAAAACUAGCGUACAGCAAAACACACUUUUUCAUAUUUCAUGCAGCUUUGUAUUCACAGAGUCUUCUGCAGCUGGAAAUGACAGGUUUUCAGCAGUAUUUAUUUCUAGUUGAACUGAAAUCAGGAGUUAUUAGAAAGGUAAAGUGGAAAAUUUAUCCCACAGCAUUCUCAGACCUAUUCUUUAUCUUUCUCAACUUUCCAAGCUUUUUUCAGUUCAUCUAUCACUAGUUAUGGUCUCACUGAAUGGGCAUCUAUUGUAAGGGACUUUACCAGUAGUCUGUAUUUUGGUAUUUGAACAGUAUGAUUUCAUAAAUAGAACUGUUUCUUAUUGUUGCUGUUGUUAUUGUUCUCAUUUUCCUCUUUAUCUGUAGUUUUCCUUUUCAUCUGGUCCAAAACAGACCCGCACACUUAAAAAGUCCUUUUUAAAGUGUGAGAUGCUAGGUCCACAAUGGAUUUGUUCUUGUGUUAGAGAUGAAAAUAUAAAAGCCAAGCGGCUGUUUAUUUCCAUCCAAAGCAAUGCCAGUGUUGGGCCUGCAGUAGCAAGGCAGCUCGUGGAGCGGAGCUAGCAGCUAGAAAGGAUCGGCUGGAAGAGGAGGUGGAGCAGCAAAACGGACUUUUUUUUUUUCCCCCCCACUGCUCUUGGGGAAAGGAGAAAGAAAUUCAGAGUCUUCUGCUCCUUGCACCACGCAAACCCAUCAGCAGAGCCUUUUUUGUCAUCAUCAAGACAGCACCUGUGGCAGCUAGCUGAAGUACCAGCUCAUGCUCAGGCUGAUGGGCAUCUUCCUCUCUCAACUGCAGAUCCUGCUGCUUCCUUGUUUCUAUUGUGAUGUUAGACAACUCCAGUAGAUCUGCCAACAUGUGGACAUUCCCAUUUGCUAGGCCUUUUACUGGUCUCCUCCCAGUCUGCUUUUCUUUGCUAAGGAGACUUUUACAGUUUUGGUGAGGUCAUGCUUGUCACACUUGGGUUCAAAGCUCCUGCCUGCUGUUACCAACGGCAAAGGUCCACCAGCGGGAGAAGGAUUUGAACAUUUUUGAAUAACUGAUUCUUAGCUUCCGCGUCUUGUGGUCGCUGCAGGAUCACAGGUGGAGGUGUGGUGUAUAUAAAAAAAGAAGUGUUAAAUAAGCUGUGUAUUGAAUGGAGUGGCCAAGUUAGCUAAGCAGUUCAAGUACACUUGGAAGAAAGAUGACCCUGACAUCAAAUCCAGGAGAGUCAAUGCAAGUUGCUCACUUUCAGUAAAAUGUAAAUCUGUGCUUAAGUAGAAUAUUAUGAUGUGAAGUCUUCCACCCACCCACAAGUGGGGACAUCAUUGCUUCUGUUCCUAGGCUGCAGAUUAUGCCUUUAGGUUUUGCAGACCUAGCCAGCAUAUGGCUUGAGAAAGUUCAGGCACUUCUCGCCUGCAAAGAGCCUACCUGCUGGGGAGUCUAAACUGCCUCUUCUAAACUGGCCAUGCAGGGAAGGAGACGUAAUGACACGAGCUGGGACUGCAGCUGCACUGAAGGAGCCAGGCUCGAGGUUGGACUUGAGGCUACUUCAGGCUCCUGGUAGCCACUGAGCACCCUUGGGUGCUUGGAGAGCUCAAAGUGGGCUCCGGUGGCUGUCCUAGGCUUGCUUCCUCCAAGAUCGGCACCCACAAUAUAGGUUGACUGGAAGAGUUGCUCAAGGAAGACUCCCACCAUAGCUGAAGCUGGGCCUAACUAGACUUUUUUGCCACUGCCACCUCUUUCCCACCACCGGCUCAUUGCACUUUCCAUCCAUUCCCAAAAUAAAUCUGUUCAUGGCCAAUACUCUCUUGUGUUUAAAAAAGAAAAA